UGUCAUUUCAACCGCCGAUCAAAAGCGCCGCCUCCUCCGCCGCUAACAACAGCCCUAACUUUCAGUCCGUGCGAGCGGCCUCUCCUCCGGUACCACCAACCAUGAUCAAAGCAAUUAGGGUUCACGAACUUGGUGGCCCCGAGGAAUUAAUCAACAGUGUAUCUACUGAGGACUUACGAAUCUUCCCAAAAAUUUGACUCUCUGGUUUCGGCUCUGUUAUGGAUUGAUUUUCUUAUGCGGCGUUUCAUCUUCCUUGCACUGUUCUUUGAUGGGGAAAUUCUUAGGAUUACCUGGCUUCUCGUUCUCGAUCAUAUUUCAAAUGGUUAUUUUCUGUAUUUUGACUUGCUCAAUGGAAGGCUGUUGGCCGGAGAGAACAUACCCAAUUUGUGGAAGUUGCUGAUCGAUAAAGUUUUGACUCAUUUCACACUGAUACAGUUUGAGUUCACAUUCUUAGAUGCGCAGAUCCAUUCGGUUAUGAAGUGGGAAGAUGUGGAAAUAGGAGAGCCGAAGGACGGUGAGAUCAGAGUGAAAAACAAGGCCAUUGGGCUCAAUUUCAUUGACAUCUACUACCGGAAGGGAGUUUAUAAGGCAUUCACAAUGCCCUUUACUCCAGGUAUGGAGGCAGUGGGUGUGGUGACUGCCGUCGGUCCCGGGCUAACUGGUAGAAAAGUUGGAGAUGUGGUGGGUUAUGCUGGUCUUCCAAUGGGAUCAUAUGCUGAGGAGCAAAUCCUUCCAGCCGACAAAGUAAUACCUGUUCCUCCCUCCAUUGGUCCAGUUGUAGCAGCAUCUGUCUUGCUUAAAGGAAUGACUGCUCAGUUCCUAGUUCGCAGUUGCUUUAAGGUUGAACCUGGACACAAGGUUCUUGUUCAGGCAGCAGCAGGUGGUGUUGGGUCUCUCUUGUGCCAGUGGGCAAAUGCUCUUGGUGCAACUGUGAUUGGAACUGUCUCAACCAAAGAGAAGGCUGAUCAAGCCAAAGAAGAUGGAUGUCAUCAUGUCAUUAUGUACAAGGAGGAGGACUUCGUGACCCGUGUGAACGAGAUAACAUCAGGUGAAGGUGUCGACGUUGUUUAUGAUUCUGUUGGAAAACAUACCUUUCAGGGAUCAUUAGAUUGCCUGAAACCUUGUGGAUACAUGGUGAACUUUGGGCAAUCCUCCGGUUUACCUGACCCUGUUCCUUUAUCCGCACUCGCAGCAAAAUCGCUAUUCUUGACGAGGCCUUCCGUCAUGCAAUACACUGCAACCCGAGACCAGCUGCUGCAUUCUGCGGGAGAGGUCUUCGCUAACAUUGCGUCCGGCGUGUUGAGAGUUCGUGUGAAUCAUACGUAUCCCUUGUCUCAGGCGGCGCAGGCGCAUGACGACCUGGAGAGUCGAAAGACAUCCGGCUCUAUUGUGCUGAUCCCAGAUGAUAAUUGAGCAGCCUUUGUGUUGUAAACAUCCAACAAUUAAUGUCUUACACGGGCAGGCUAGGGAACGGUUCCUUUGUUGCAGUUGCUGAAUUGUGUUGUGGAGCUUAAUUUUGAUGCAGUUGCCGAAUUGUGUUGUGGAGCUUAAUUUUUGGUGAA